UCUGGUGGAGCUCCUAGCAGCUCGUACUGCUUACUCUUGUCCAUCAGACGUAACUUUCAGCCAGUACCUGCAUUCCCAAGCGAUCCACAAAGAUGGCAUUUGUCCCGUGGCUUUUCCCUUGUCAUCUUUGCUCCAUUGUGCAAGCUCACAGACCUGUUCCUUCUCUCUCCUCUACCCGCUCCCUUGGUGCAGCUUUCGCUCGUGGAAGCACAGAGCAAAGUGACAAGAAACAGCUGCGAGUUCAAGGAAUUGUCUACCUUGUUCUGAUCUCCUGCCAGCUUGUCGUGCCUGCUGUGAUGGGUGUCGCGUGCAGCGAGAUCAGCUGUGGGCCUGACAUGGCACGGAUGGAGGCUGAGAACAACGGGAAGCCCCGGCUGGUCCGUGAGGAGUCAUCUCUUAAUAUCCCAGCUAUUGCUGCUGCCCACGUUAUUAAGAGAUACGUUGCCCAGGCACCGGAUGAACUCUCCUUGGAGGUGGGAGACCUCGUGUGCGUCAUCGAGAUGCCGCCUCAGGAGCUGAGCCCCCGCUGGAGAGGCAAGCACGGCUUUCAGGUUGGAUUUUUCCCUGGUGAGUGUGUGGAGCUCAUUAACGGAAAAAUCCCGGAGUCUCUCAUCAAUUCAGUGCCAAAGCCAGUGCCAAAGAAGCGCGGCAAGCUCCUCACCUUCCUUCGUUCCGUGGUGAAGGCCCGCCCAAAGCAACGGAAAGAGCAGGAGGUGGAGAAGGAGAGGGUGUUUGGCCGUGACCUGGGAGAGCAUCUUCUGCACUCUGGUUGUGAUGUCCCCCAGGUCCUCCAGAGCUGCGCCGAGUUCAUCGAGCAGCAUGGCGUGGUGCAGGGGAUAUACCGCCUGUCCGGCGUGGCGUCCAACGUCCAGAGACUGCGCCAGGAAUUUGAGUGUGAGCAGGUUCCUGAGCUAACCGUCCGCGACGUUCACAGCGCGAGCUCCCUCUGCAAAAUGUACUUCAGGGAGCUCCCGACCCCCCUGCUGACCGACCAGCUGUACGACAAGUUCUCGGAUGCUGUUGGUGCCACUACAGAGGAGGAGCGGCUGGUCAGAAUGCGGGACGUCAUCCAGCAGCUGCCCGCUCCUCACUACAGGACCCUGGCGUAUCUGAUGAGACACUUGGCCUGUCUUGCUGCAAAGAACUCUGUCACCAACAUGCACGCUAAGAACUUAGCCAUUGUGUGGGCUCCAAACCUCCUAAGAUCACAGCAGAGCGAGUCUGCCUGCGCCAGCGGGAGAGCUGCCUGCACGGAACUGCAGACGCAGUCGGCUGUGGUGGAAUUCAUCAUCGACCACACAGACGUCCUCUUCUGCUCCACAUCCGGAUCGGACAUUGCAGAUGGAGCAGGUGAGUGUCUUCCUCCAUUAGCUUUAUCUUGGUCAGACACCUGGAUCAAAUGCAGGCCUUUUCCAAGUCCUUUGAAAUACACUUUUCCUGUCGAGGGAACAGCAGACUUCUGGGCUUAGAUUGG